AUGAAUUUGGGUCUUGGUCCUCAGGUUAGAAAUUGUGAUGUGGUUCUUCAAAAUAAAAAUUGGUUUGCAACGAACCAAUUCAUGCUGGAAAUCAUUUUCCACAAUAGAAUGAAGCAGUACAAGUGCUUAACUAAUGAUUCAUCAAUUGCUUCUGCAAUUUAUGUGCCAUUUUAUGCUGGCCUCGACGUGGGUCGAUACCUAUGGGGUGGUUUUAACACAUCAGUGAGAGAUUUUGAUGCCAUGGAUUUGGUCAAGUGGCUCAGUGGAAAACCUGAAUGGAAAAGAUUGAGGGGUAGAGAUCAUUUUUUUGUGGCAGGAAGGAUCACUUGGGAUUUCAGAAGGCGAAUGGAUGAUGAUGAGUCUGGUUGGGGUAACAAACUUGCAUCACUACCUGAAAUUCGGAACAUGACGAUGUUAACCAUAGAAUCAAGCCCUUGGAGCAACCAGGACUUCGCGAUUCCAUACCCGACUUAUUUCCAUCCUUCAAGCAACAUUGAGGUAAUUCAGUGGCAGAACAAGGUGCGAGAACAGAAAAGGAAGUACUUGUUCUCUUUCGUCGGUGCCUCUAGGCCUAAUCUUAAAUCUUCUAUCAGGAGUGAGAUUAUUGAGCAAUGCUUGGUGUCAGAGGGAACAUGCAAAUUGCUAGAUUGUAUUACAAACAACUGUCACAAUCCAGUUAAUGUGAUGAAAAUGUUUCAAAGCUCUAUAUUUUGCUUACAGCCCCCGGGUGAUUCAUACACUAGAAGAUCAACUUUCGAUUCGAUUUUGGCUGGGUGUAUUCCAGUUUUCUUCCAUCCGGGUACUGCUUAUAUCCAAUAUAUAUGGCAUUUACCAAAGAACUACACAAAAUAUUCUGUUUUUAUAUCAGAAAAUGACAUCAGAGAUAAGAAAGCCAACAUUGAGAAUAUAUUGCUUGGAAUAUCAGAAGAUGAAGCGUCAGCCAUGAGGGAGGAGGUUGUAAGGUUGAUUCCCAGAGUUAUAUAUGCUGAUCCAAGGUCUAGAUUGGAGAGCUUUGACCUUGAAGAUGCAUUUGAUAUAGCAGUUAAGAGAGUUCUUGAGAGGGUAGAGACAAUUAGGGGAGAUAUGGAGCAGGGGAAGAGUUAUAGUUUUGAUUUUCCUGAACAGUUUAGUUGGAAGUAUUACUGGUCUGGGACUAUGGAAGAUCAUAAAUGGGAUGCUUACUUCACGAAAACAAGCGAUGCAAACUCUUCUAGGGCAUAA